AUGGGAACAUCGACGAGACUCGUAGGACCGGUUGUAGCUCCAUUCAUGUCCCGUCCAUUGACUCCUUCCGCAACCUGCAUUGUUUAUAGUAUACUCUGGGCUUUUCCCGUACUACGAACCGUUAAAAAAGCACUUUUCCAGUUUCGCUAUAUUGCCAUACAUCCGAUGAUGUAUGAAUCAAUCGCCAAUUACCCGAGGCGAAAGAUCUGUGACGAGAAGUGUGAAUCUAAAAAAAAUCUUGACGGACCGGAUUUGAGGAGUUCGGUAGUUUGGAAACCCCUAGCCUUAUGA